AUGCUGUACCUCGUUGGCUUGGGUCUCUCUGACGAGACGGACAUCACCGUCAAGGGCCUCGAGGUGGUCAAGAAGGCCUCGCGCGUCUACCUGGAGGCUUACACAAGCAUUCUGCUCGUGGACCAGUCCAUCCUGGAAAACUACUAUGGACGACCGAUAAUCAUUGCCGACCGUGAGAUGGUCGAGUCAAACAGCGACGAGAUUCUCAGAGAUGCGCAAACCGAGGAUGUUGCCUUUUGCGUUGUUGGAGACCCCUUUGGAGCUACGACACACACCGACCUCGUUAUCCGAGCUCGCGAACUAUCUAUUCCUGUGCGAACCGUGCCGAACGCCUCCAUCAUGUCCGGCAUUGGAGCCUGCGGCCUUCAGCUGUACAACUUCGGACAGACCGUCUCCAUGGUCUUUUUCACCGAUAACUGGAAGCCCUCUUCAUUCUACGACAGGAUAAAGGAGAACCGCGAGAUUGGUCUGCAUACAUUGGUUCUCGUCGACAUCAAAGUCAAGGAGCAGAGCCUGGAGAAUAUGGCCCGAGGCCGACUAAUCUACGAGCCUCCGCGAUACAUGACCGUUGGACAGUGCGCGCAGCAGAUGCUCGAGAUCGAAGAGGAACGCAAGGAAGGCGUCUACACCAAGGACAGCUUGGCUAUUGGUGCUGCUCGAGUUGGAGGCAAGACGGAAAAGUUCGUCGCAGGAACACUCGAGGAGCUGUGCUCCGCGGAUGAGGAACUGGGACCGCCUCUGCACAGCCUUGUCCUGCUGGGCAGGAGGGCUCACGAGCUUGAGCGUGAUUUCGUGCGUGAAUUCGCUGUGGACAAGGAGAAGUGGAACAGGAUAUGGCAGGAGGAGUACGGAAAGCAGUGA